GUGUAAAUAAGAAGAAGAAUCUGCCAGUGGCGAUUCAGCUUUAAAAGUUGCGUGAUACACCGUUGUUGCUACUCGAUCAAAUAUUGCUAGUGUCCCAUAGACGUCCACUGCCGAAAUCAUGGCCGGGGCGCUGAUCAAGAAAGGGCUCGACCACCUGAAGAGCAAGGAGUUUCGCCAAUAUCUCAUGAGCACGCAUUUUUGGGGUCCUAUUGCAAACUGGGGAAUUCCAAUUGCUGCAAUUGCUGAUACAAAAAAACCUCCAGAGAUCAUAAGUGGCAAGAUGACAUUUGCCUUGUGUCUGUACUCUGCAAUUUUUAUGAGAUUUGCCAUCAAAGUGCAGCCAAGAAAUCUAUUGUUGUUUUCUUGUCACUUUACAAAUGAAACAGCACAGUUAAUUCAGGCUGGUCGAUUGAUAAACUACGAGUAUAUGGGGGGCAAAGAGAAGGCAGCAGAAGCAACUGCAGAGAAUACUGCUGUGACUACCUAAUUGGUGAAAAAUGUAUAUGUUGAUGUUUUUAAAAUUGUUAAAUACCUCUCCUAAGGGAGACUGUUACCCAUCUAGAAAGUGCACUGAAGUUGUAUUAGAAAUAGACAAAUUUUUUUACGUUAUAUUAUUUUGGGCACAAAAAUUAAUGUAUAGAGAAAGGUAUUUAGAAGAUUACUUUUGAAUUAAUUCCCAAGCAAUUAGUGUUUAGGAAAAUUACUGAAAUUUAAUUUUAUUUUGCAGCAGAUGGGUGCUUAAGGACUUGCAUAGAAUGAUAGAUGUGUGUAUGUAUGUAUAUUUUAUGGUUGUGGCUUUCAAGUACGUGAUGAAAGUUUAGUAUGAUCAUUUUUAGCAUUUCACUUUCUGGAUAACUGCAUUUAC